GUUACAGGGGUUCUAUCAGAGAAGAGAAAGGGGGUAAGAGAGAUAGAGCGCCGCCAAAAUGCAGAUCUUCGUGAAAACUCUUACGGGGAAGACGAUCACGCUCGAGGUUGAAUCGAGCGACACUAUUGACAAUGUCAAAGCUAAGAUUCAAGACAAGGAAGGUAUUCCACCGGACCAGCAGCGAUUGAUCUUCGCCGGAAAGCAGCUCGAAGAUGGACGUACUCUAGCUGAUUAUAACAUUCAGAAAGAAUCAACUUUGCAUUUGGUUUUGAGGCUUCGUGGAGGGAUUAUUGAGCCUUCUCUGAUGGCUUUAGCAAGGAAAUACAACCAGGAGAAGAUGAUUUGCCGCAAGUGUUAUGCUCGCCUACAUCCUCGUGCUGUUAACUGCAGGAAGAAAAAAUGUGGGCACAGCAACCAGCUGAGGCCAAAGAAGAAGAUCAAGUAGGCGUGAUAUCGUGUUUAGCUAGAUCAGUCUGUAAUAGAUGGACUAUCAUUUUUCUCGUUACUUCUAAUUUUAUUGUUAAAGAGAUCCCUGUGCACUCUAUCUAUUACUGUUUAGAUGAAGUUCUGUAUUUGUUUCCUGAUAAGCACAAGCCUACACUAGCGUGUUUUAUUCUAA